GGACACUAUCGACGGACAAGGACCAUAUAUUUCCUUCACCUUUGUCUUGGGGUUCUCUUCCCACUUCAACUCGUUUGCCGCCAUCAGCGAGCUUUCUCUGUUCUCUCCUCGGCGGAGGGCAUCCAAGAAACCCUAGAAAGAAAGGGGAAAAAAACGCCAUGGACGAUUCUAGGGUUUUUACUGGAGAAUCGAGCGGAAGCCCUCAUCACACGGGAGCUGGAAUCAUUUCCAAGAUCCGUCUGGAGAAUUUCAUGUGCCACAGCAGUCUCGAGAUCGAGUUUGGCGAGUGGGUGAACUUCAUCACCGGCCAGAACGGGAGUGGUAAAAGCGCGAUACUGACGGCAUUAUGUGUUGCGUUUGGAUCCCGGGCCAAAGGAACUCAAAGGGCAUCUUCACUGAAGGAUUUUAUAAAGACUGGCUGCAAUUAUGCUCUUGUGUCGGUGGAGAUGAAGAAUCAAGGGGAAGAUGCUUUCAAGCCAGAAGUUUAUGGUGAUCUUAUAAGAAUAGAGCGGAGGAUUUUAGAGUCAUCUAGCUCAACCAUUUUAAAGGAUAACCAAGGAAAGAAGGUUUCUCAUAGGAAGGACGAGCUUCGUGAACUUGUAGAACAUUUUAAUAUUGAUGUUGAAAAUCCAUGUGUCAUCAUGAGUCAAGACAAGAGCAGGGAAUUUCUGCAUUCGGGUAACGACAAGGAGAAAUUCAAGUUCUUUUUCAAGGCUACACUUCUUCAACAAGUAAAUGAGCUUUUAGAAAACAUUAGGGGCCAGCUGGAUGCUGCAAAUGCAAUGGUCGAUGAACUGGAAUCUUCAAUAAGACCCAUAUUAAAGGAACUUAAUGACUUGCAAGUUAAGAUUAAGAACAUGGAACAUGUUGAAGAAAUAUCUCUACAACUGCAACAGUUGAAGAAAAAAUUGGCAUGGUCGUGGGUAUUCGAUGUGGACAAGCAAAUCCAGAAACAAGGUGAACAGCUUGAAGAUUUGAAAGGUCGUAUUCCUACUUGCCAAGCCAGAAUUGAUCGUCAACUGGUCAAAGUGGAAGAAUUGAAGGGACAACUCCUCGAUAAGAAAAACCAAAUUACUUUUAUGAUGGAAAAGACAUCAGAAGUGAGGAAAAUGAAGGAUGAAUUGCAGCAUGAUCUUUCUUUGGCUACAAAAGAAAGGCUUGAGCUAGAAGAAGAACAUAAUCGCAGAAAUAAUGUUAUUCAGAAAAUGAUCAGCCAUGUUAGGCGGCUUGAACAACAAAUUCAUGAUAUUCGAGAGCAGCACGUUAAAAGUACACAGGCUGAUGAACAUGAGGUUGAGGAACGACUGAAGAAUCUCCAGGAGGAGGUGGAUUUGGCUAAUACAAGUCUUAAGAGAUUGAAGGAAGAAGAGGACGCUUUGAGUGAAAAGUUAUCUUUGGCAACAGAUGCCGUCAGGAAAAUUAAUUUAGAGAUCGAAGAGAACGAAAAAAAGUAUCGUGACAUUUGUGAUCACAUCCGUGAACUUCAGCGACACAGAAGUAACAAGGUAACUGCUUUUGGGGGAGAGAGAGUGAUCAGUCUUCUGCGUGCUAUUGAGAGGCACCAUAGAAAAUUCAAAAGGCCCCCUAUUGGUCCUAUUGGGGCUCAUGUGACAUUGGUUAAUGGUGAUAUAUGGGCACUGGCAGUUGAAAGUGCCAUUGGAAAAUUAUUAAACGCUUUUAUCGUGACGGAUCAGAAGGAUGCUCUUCUUUUACGACAAUGUUCUAGGGAAGCAAACUGCCAACAUCUUCAGAUUAUAAUAUAUGAUUUUUCCAGACCAAAGUUGAAUAUCCCUAAUCACAUGCUGCCUCAUACUGAUCAUCCAACUAUCCUUUCUGUUUUACAUGCCGAUAAUCCCACCGUAGUGAAUGUCUUGGUGGAUCAGGGUCAUGCUGAGAGACAAGUGCUUGUUAGAGAUUAUGAGGUGGGAAAAUCAGUUGUCUUUGAAAAAAGGAUUACAAAUCUCAAGGAGGUGUACACGUUGGAGGGCUAUAGGAUGUUCUCUAGAGGUUCUGUUCAGACUGUUCUGCCUCCAAACAAGAGGAUUAGGACGGGACGACUGUGCAGUUCGAUCGAUGAUCAAAUUAAUGGCUUCGAGAAGGAUGCUUCAAAAGCACAGGAACUUGUUUGUGUAGGCAAGGGAAGGAAAAGGGAUGCAGAGGAAGUUUGCCGGGAUCUUCGGGACAAAUUACAAAGUAUAAAGAAGCGGCGUCCAAAUACAGAGAGGGAUUUGAUGUCUAAGGAGAUGACAUUGUCUGAUCUUAAGAACUCCUAUGCUGCCAUGGCAAGUUCUCCCCUGGCACCAAAUGUUGAUGAGCUAUGUCAAGAAAUCUUGCAAGUGCAAGAAGAAAUACAAGAGAAGGAAAUUGUAUUAGAGAAGUUUAGAGUAAGGAUGACAGAGGCAGAAGUAAAGGCCAAUGAUCUUAAAAUAUCAUUUGAAAAUCUAUGUGACUCUGCAAAAGGGGAAGUUGAGGCCUUUGAGGAAGCUGAAAGGAAGUUAUUAUUGAUUGAAGAAGAACUGCAUUCUGCAGAAAAUGAGAAGGCUCAUUAUGAAGGGGUCAUGCAGAAGAAGGUUAUUCCUGAUAUCAAAGCUGCAGAAGCAGCCUAUGAGGAGCUCCAACAUAAUCGUCAGGAGAGCCACAAGAAGGCUUCGAUUAUUUGUCCCGAGAGUGAGGUGGAAGAUUUAGGUGGCUGUGCUGGGAGCACCCCGGAACAACUUAGUGCCCAAGUAAAAAGACUAAAUCAGAGACUGCAAAAUGAGAGCCAGAGAUAUCCUGAAUCUAUUGAUGAUCUCAGACUAAUGUAUGAGAAAAAAGAGCAAAGGAUUAAAAGAAAGCAGCAAACAUAUGAAGCCUUUCGCAACAAGCUGAAUGUGUGCCAAAAAGCACUCGAUUUGCGCUGGAGCAAGUUCCAACGAAAUGCAUCUCUUUUGAAGCGCCAGUUGACUUGGCAAUUUAAUGGUCAUUUAAGGAGGAAAGGGAUCAGUGGAAACAUUAAGGUUAAUUAUGAAGACAAGACUCUCUCAAUAGAGGUGAAGAUGCCCCAAGAUGCAUCCAGUGACACUGUUCGAGAUACUAGAGGGCUUUCAGGCGGGGAGCGUUCUUUCUCCACUCUGUGCUUUGCGUUAGCUCUUCAUGAAAUGACAGAGUCGCCAUUUCGAGCCAUGGACGAGUUUGAUGUGUUUAUGGAUGCCGUUAGCCGGAAAAUCAGUUUAGAUACCCUUGUUGAUUUUGCGGUGGGACAAGGGUCCCAGUGGAUUAUAAUAACCCCACAUGACAUCAGCAUGGUGAAGCCUGGAGAGAGAGUCAAGAAGCAGCAAAUGGCAGCCCCUCGGGUUUGACUGUUUAUAGCUAGCUGUUGUAUUUGGUGCAUGGUAACUUUUUUUAAAAUCCAUUUUGGUAACUUCUGGUUGCUGCUUUCAUCAGUCAAAUGCAGAGAUAUCUGUUUGAAGAUGAAGUUCUUGUGGGGAUGGAUUCAUCUCAUGUGGAAACUUUGUAACCUCCCUAAAACUUGUUAGUAAUAUUCCUUUAGAGAAA